ACACAUAUGAUGCCAUAAAACAUCAUCUUAAUAAAAGAUUAAAAUUUGUUGAAUUUUAAACUGUCAUUAAGCGAUUUUCACCUCAAAUUCCGCAAUCGUCCAUUCUUCCAUUGUCGAAGAAAUGAAAAUAUUUAUUUGGCCCAUCGACACAAUGUGAAUACUAAUUGAUUUUCUAGUUCCAUUUGGCAAAUAAAAAUAUUUUUGCAGCCAAUAUGAAAACUUUCACGGAUUUUGUUGUAUCGUUUUUUAAUUCAAUUGUUGCUCAUUUUAAUUCACAGCACAUACAGCACAAAAAAUAAUAUCUGCGGAUCUUCUUUAAAUCGAAUUCAAAUGUUUUUGUCAAAGCAUCUAUAAAACAUAAACGCUAAAGUCUACAAAAUAAAUAACGAGACAAGAUGAUGGAAAAUGAGAAGAAAGAAGAAAUGGUUGAACCAGCUGUUGUACCGACAGUUUUACAGCCAUCACCGCCAUCAAAAGCGGCAAGUGUACACAGUGGCGAACAUAUUGUGAAUGAUAUGAGUGAGAAAAAGUAUGAAACAAUUCAAACGAUUAAGAUGAAUGAUCCAAACAGUACAGUCGUAAAUAAUGCUAAAGAUAUGAAAUCCACAACAAUGGACAAGCCUAUGAGUGUCAUGAAUUCAUCACUUAAUCUACUGUCGAAUCAGGAAAUACAAAAAGAGUUGUCUUCAUCGUCACGAAAGGGCGUUGCAGCUCACACAAAAUUAGGAAUUAUUCAAUUAGUUUUAAGUGUCUUAAUGAGUGCUUUUGGAGGUUUACUUAUUGCACGAAAUGGAUCGCUAGCGAUGUUUGGAUCAGGUAUUUGGGCAGGAAUUUUUGCAGGUGUUUGUGGCGCAUUAGGAUUAAUGAAUAUUAAGCCAUUACUGAAUGGCUUCUUAGCAUGUAGUUUGAUAUCAGUGGCGACUAGCACACUCGCCCUAGCUCUCACAGGCAUUGGACUAGUCAGAGAUUACAAUAUCUCACAACAGGAUCCAGAUUUUGAAGCCGCAGUCAUGGCAGCAUGUGGUUUAACAAUUUUACUCAUCCUACAUCUCCUCACGAGCAUGUUUUCCGUCUACUAUUCUGCCCUGCAGUUAUGUUCGAAGGAGCAUACAUAUGAUGCAACGGAACAUGCGAUGAACUAUGAAAAAGUUCAAAAAUAUCUGAAAUCAUUACAAGCUGCUGGUGCUGCAAAUUAUGACCUAAAUGGCUAUCAGAAUUACAUCAACAAUGCCAAAUUACAUCGACAGAGGUCAAUCAUGACAAUCCCAAGACCAGCAACAUCACAUCAUCAUCAUCAUGGUAUUCCACCAUAUCAUAUUCCAAUUUAUGCAACACCGCCCUCAAUAUCAUCUGGUUAUUUGACUAAUGCUCGAAUGUACACGAUGCCUCACAGUUAUCAGUCAAAUUUCUAUCAAGAUUAUUACUACACGCAUGAUGAACGAAGAAGUCCAAAAGAUGGUCAAGAGAAACGAAGUGAGAGACGAAAGAAGAGCAGCACAGAUGAUGCUAAUCUUUCUUAUACAGGGGCUGAUCGUGACCUCGCGGAUAGUUAUUUGAAAUCUAUGGAAAAUAGAGAUCAGCAGCUGUAAAUCAUGAAAUUAUUAAAAUAAUUAUUUUUUGUGUAUUUUUAUUAUUAUUUUUACCUUACUGAAUAAAAC